UCUGUUACUGUAGUCAUAUGACAAGGAGAAUCUUACCUACAAUCAUAAAUGAUAAAUGUCAGACAUGUUUACAAAGGAUUUAAGAAGACGUGUUUCUAACUUGGCAGUGUUCUGCCUUUUUAUCUCGGGAACUGUAUCACAGACAUGCACAAAAGUGUCAAGUUGUGCUUGCACAACUGACUCUGGAUUCAAAAUAGAUCUAACACCCCUAGGAAAUACUGAUACAACACCGAGAUUUCAAGACAUUCCUGAUUCAAAGGGGAAGACAGACGUUUAUUCAUGGAAUCCUUGUCAAGAAUUUACGGAGGGCACGUGUGUCAAUGAAGCAGCAUGUAAAGUGACGCCCUCUGGAAUGAUCACCCAGUACCUUGGAAUAGGCACGCAGGACUCCGCAACAUUCCUGUACGAUGACAAAGGAAGGCUUACCAUCCAAUACACAACUGGGAACGCGACAACUGCGGUUAAUAUUAUCUGCUCAGAAGAUGAUACAGGCUCAGUGACUGCGUACGGGCUAGACCAAGAGGGCGGACAGAAAGAAUACCACUUUGAAUUGAAAACGGCAUACGCCUGUCCCCCGAAACACCCAACAGCAGUAUCAAUUGGGACAUACCUGUGUAUAGGAUGUGGCGUAUUUCUAAUUGUUUAUAUAGUAGGAGGCGUAUUAUUUCAAAGUUUUGUGAGGAAAGAGACUGGAAAGCUCAGAAUUCCAAACCUUAACUUCUGGACUGCAAUGCCUGCGUUAAUCAGGGAUGGUGUGAUGUUCGUGUUGACGAGAGGGAAGAAGAAAGUGGCAUACGACAGAAUAUAGACAAAUACUUCCGUCUUUCCUUCUUUCGCAACAUUAUAUCUUAUGGGCAAAAAUGUAUCUUUGAGUGGAAAGUGCAGUUGAUUUAAAGUGAACAUUUUUAUAUGAAUUACAUUACAAUGUGAAUGUUUCUGUUUUCAUGAAAAACUUCAUUGAGUGACAUAAAAUGUGCAUUUGUAACGAUUUCCUUGGACAUUACAUUGAAAGAAACGUUUACUGAUUUCUUACACUAUCUCUAAGCAAUAAGACAAUGGUGUAACUAACUGAUUAACAUCCCAAUCAUUUAACAAACAAACAAAAAAUCUAUAAUUUUCCUAUAAACAGGGUAUAUUCUUGGUUUCUUGUUGAUUAACAGUUCGAAUUUUCGAGUGGAGGGACACAUUUAGAUAUAUAAUUUUUAUCACGAGUGAAACAUAUACAAAAUAUUCAACAAACCAGUGAAUAUAAAUAUUUGUUUUCAUCAUGAAACCAAGAAUAUACUGGUUCUUAAUAUUUUCCAUUGUGAUGUACGAAAUAUCGUUAAUUGUUGUUAAACCCUUUCCUAUAUUCUACCAUAACACGUUUUCAUUAUUUUCAUAGAAAGAGGCGAACAUACAUUUUGUGGUCGCAAAAUAUUAACAUAUGAUUUUGUGUCCAAUGUUGAUUAAUUGAAGAUGUUAUUAACGCACAUGUAAACAAUGUAUCUAAUUUAAUGUUUUAUCCUUUUGUUAUUUCAUACGAUUACAGGGAUCAAUUGUCAUCUUUAAUUGUUUUCAUUUAAUUACAAAAGUCUUUCAGCAAAUAUCAAUUUUCCAAAAAAA